UGUGAGGAUCCCGCUUAAGGAACAGCCAUGGCGGCCGCUGCCGCAUCUCACCUGAACCUGGAUGCCCUCCGGGAAGUGCUAGAAUGCCCCAUCUGCAUGGAGUCCUUCACCGAGGAGCAGCUGCGCCCCAAGCUCCUGCACUGUGGCCACACCAUCUGCCGCCAGUGCCUGGAGAAGCUCCUGGCGAGCAGCAUCAACGGUGUCCGCUGCCCCUUCUGCAGCAAGAUCACCCGCAUCACCAGCCUGACGCAGCUGACCGACAACCUGACGGUGCUGAAGAUCAUCGACACAGCGGGCCUCAGCGAGGCCGUGGGGCUGCUCAUGUGCCGGGCCUGUGGGCGCCGCCUGCCCCGCCAGUUCUGCCGGAGCUGUGGCGUGGUGUUGUGUGAGCCCUGCCGGGAGGCCGACCACCAGCCCCCCGGCCACUGCACCCUCCCCGUCAAGGAGGCCGCCGAGGAGCGGCGCCGGGACUUCGGCGAGAAGCUGGCCCGCCUGCGGGAGCUGAUGGGGGAGCUGCAGCGGCGGAAACUGGCCCUGGACGGCAUCUCCAAGGACCUGCAGGCCAGGUACAAAGCUGUCCUCCAGGAGUAUGGGCACGAGGAGCGCCGGGUCCAGGAGGAGCUGGCCCGUUCACGCAAGUUCUUCACGGGCUCCUUGGCUGAGGCUGAGAAGUGCAACAGCCAGGUAGUGGAGGAGCAGAGCUACCUGCUGAACAUUGCCGAGGUGCAGGCCGUGUCCCGCUGCGACUACUUCCUGGCCAAGAUCAAGCAGGCCGACGUGGCGCUCCUAGAGGAGACGGCCGACGAGGAGGAGCCGGAACUUACGGCCAGCCUGCCCCGGGAGCUCGUCCUGCAGGAUGUGGAGCUCCUUAAGGUAGGCCACGUGGGCCCCCUCCAGAUCGGCCAGGCUGUCAAGAAGCCCCGGACAGUCAACUUGGAAGACUGCUGGGCCCUGGAGGCAGCGGCAGCGGCGGCAGCCUCCUCCUCCUCCGUGACCUUCCGCGAGAUGGACAUGAGCCCCGAGGAGGUGGUGGGCAGCAGCCCGCGCGCCUCGCCGGCCAAGCAGCGGGGCCCCGAGGCUGCCACCAGUAUCCAGCAGUGUCUCUUCCUGAAGAAGAUGGGUGCGAAAGGCAGCACGCCCGGCAUGUUCAAUCUGCCCGUCAGUCUCUACGUGACCAGCCAGGGUGAGGUGCUGGUCGCUGACCGGGGCAACUACCGCAUCCAGGUCUUCACCCGCAAAGGCUUCCUCAAGGAGAUCCGCCGCAGCCCCAGUGGCAUUGACAGCUUCGUGCUGAGCUUCCUGGGCGCCGACUUGCCCAACCUCACCCCACUGUCAGUGGCCAUGAACUGCCACGGGCUGAUCGGCGUCACCGACAGCUACGACAACUCCCUCAAGGUCUACACCCUGGAUGGCCACUGCGUGGCCUGCCACAGGAGCCAGCUGAGCAAACCUUGGGGCAUCACGGCCCUGCCAUCGGGCCAGUUCGUGGUGACGGAUGUGGAAGGUGGGAAGCUCUGGUGCUUCACCGUGGACCGGGGCGCUGGGGUGGUCAAGUAUAGCUGCCUCUGCAGUGCCGUGCGGCCCAAGUUCGUCACCUGUGAUGCCGAGGGCACUGUCUACUUCACGCAGGGCCUGGGCCUCAACCUGGAAAACCGGCAAAACGAGCACCACCUGGAAGGCGGCUUCUCCAUCGGCUCUGUGGGCCCUGACGGGCAGCUGGGGCGCCAAAUCAGCCACUUCUUCUCGGAGAACGAGGAUUUCCGCUGCAUCGCUGGCAUGUGCGUGGACGCCCGCGGGGAUCUCAUUGUUGCCGACAGCAGCCGCAAGGAGAUUCUUCACUUCCCCAAGGGAGGGGGCUACAGCGUCCUGAUUCGGGAGGGGCUCACCUGUCCCGUGGGCAUUGCCCUCACCCCGAAGGGGCAGCUGCUGGUCCUGGACUGUUGGGAUCACUGCAUCAAGAUUUACAGCUACCAUUUGAGAAGAUAUUCCACCCCGUAGAGGGUGAGGAAUCGCCAGUUUCUUCCCUUUCCCCCCACCCCUACCCCCACCUCAGCCAACUUUCCUUCCCUUAUACCAUGGUGGUUGGUGGUGCUGUAGAAUAGACUUUGGCUUGUGUUCCGUUGCCAGCUCGUUAGUCCUAGAACUUUAGAAGCUCUGUCCUUGAGUGUGUUAUAUUUGCAUUUGUAUUUUUUCCCAUGCCACCCCCCUGCCCUAUCCCCCUCCCUAAAUUUAGAGCUUUGGCAGAUGCAUUGCCCCAAAUAGGACACUUGGUGGGAUUAGCUGAAGUUUUAUUAGAAUUUAGGCCCUUUUCAAGGCGUCAGUAGAGAGUCUUUUACGUCUGUGUUGGCAAUUUGCUCUUCUAUUGAAUCUUGUUGAUUUUCCCCUUUAUGGCUCUGCUGACCCUAGUUCCUUAUUUCCUUCCUGUUACAGUGGGCUUCGUCUGUGACACUUUCUCUUCAGCCCCGCUGCAUUGAGUGCAUGCUUUAGUGGGAUCCACUCCACCUUCCCGUGAUAUUUUGGAUAUCGUGUCCCUGUGAUCUGAUCACCUUUACCAGUAUAAAAAGCUCAUUCAUUUAGUGCCACCACGGGAGCUAUACAUUAACUUUGGGAAGCAAUACCUCUUGGCUCUGGGGUUUUUGUGCCAUCUUGGAUUGGUCUAUAGUUGCAGAUGUGACAGAGAACGGAUUUUCCCUAAUUGGCUGGUGCUGAAGACUUUAGCCUGGAAACUGCUUGCCUUUUAAAGGAGCAUAUGGAUUGGAAUUAUGCCAAAGCAUAGGCAGAUGGGAAUAAACAAACGGAAAUACUAAUGUAGUCAGCAAACACUAUUGGGUAGUCUUUAGGGCUCAUCAUUUUUCAUACUACCUCUCUCUGCUGACCUGUGCAAAGCAUUACCCGAGUAAUUGUACCACACGGGCCAGUGCCAACAAAGUGGGGAGGGUGGACACAUCUAAUUUUCAUUACUAAAACAGAACUGUUGGAUCCUUACUCUGUAUAUUUCCUCAAGUGAGUGCAUACUAUUUGGAAUUGACUCCUCUAUCAAACAUUAAAUAAUCGAGAACUAUUUCUUCA